CUCAAUUCAGAGCUCUCCACUUCUCCAGUUUCCAGCCAAGAAAGAAACAAGUAACCAUGAUCAGCACCAAGAGAAUUGCUCAGCUGGCCAAGAAGUGGCAGAGGAUGGCAGCACUUCAGAGGAAGCGCCUCACCUGGCGGACGGCAGCAAAGGAAGUCGACAAGUGCUGCACUUCCGUGGCGAGCAAGGGCCACUGCACAGUGUACACAGCUGACGGGGCACGGUUUGAGGUGCCAUUGGCGUGCCUCGGGACGACAGUCUUCGCGGAGCUCCUGCAGAUGUCCAAGGAGGAGUUCGGCUUCACGGGCGGCGACGGCAGGAUCACACUGCCCUGUGAUGCCAUGGUCAUGGAGUAUGCCCUGUGCUUGCUGAGGAGGGGCGCCUCUGUGGAGCUGGAGAAGGCAUUCCUAAGCACCAUGGCAAUGUCGUGCCACUCUGCAAACCACAUGGCACCGUAUGUGGCAGCUUGCUGUUAGUUGCAGCUGUAUAAGUAGCAGUUCAUCCCUGUAGAUUGUAGGACAAAGAGAGGUGUUAUUAGAUCCUUCUGAUACUACAAACAAUCAAGGAAGGUAGUAAAUUAGCAUGUUAGCACCAGUGUUCUUGUUCACUGAGCAGUGAGCACAUAAGAGAAAUUUUUCAGCACAGUUUUCUGAAUCCAAACCUGAAAGGUUACUGCCACUCCAUGCUCCGGCCCCAGCUGAUCCACAAUGUGCCAUCGUGCCUCUUUCGUUUCCAGUUGGCAACUUGCUGCAAUAUUCAGAGUUUAUCAGUUUUGUUGGUAGAAUGUAAAGGCCAUGCUUUCUGGUCAGAGUCGAAAGUUCUAUCUAAGAAACAU